AAAAAAGCACACCUCGGUUACCGCAUCCCAUAAUAAAACCCCUCUCCAUCUGACUGACCUAGGUGAAUGAGGAUACUUUGACAGAAGUCGUGCCAGCGGAGAUGUGGGCAGGUGCAUUAGUCCUGGGCACCAUCCUAUCAGCUUUACCAGGUAGCCAGAGCAGGUGGAGUGUGUCGUUCUCUAGGAGGGAGAUCUGUGUGUGGGCAGGAACAACUGUCACUCUGCCCUGCCGUUAUGACUACCCAUCAGGCCACACAGUGAGGCGGGUCAUGUGGUUCCGUGUGUCUGCAGAAGGCCGAAGGGAGUUUACCCAUCACUCUGACCCAGACCUGAUCAGCCUGUCGUACCGUGGACGCACACGCUACACCGGGGGCAGUUACUCCAGCUGCUCCGUGCAGAUUCGGGGGGUUAAACUGAGCGACGCGGGACAGUACCACUUCAGGUUUGAGACAGACCAGCCCCAAGGGAGAUGGACGUCCCCCGACACCGUCUCUCUAUCUGUCACAGACCUCCAGGUGCAAGUGCAUCCGUCCAGGCCAGCGAACAUGUUUGGCUUCGGGGAGACGGUGUUUCUGAGCUGCCAGGCCAGAGGAUGUGCUGCUCCAGGACGGAGUCUUGCACUCUACAGGAACGGACUGAACCUCGGCUCCUAUGAGACUUGGAUGAUUGUCAACCGCUUUGACCAACAGCACGCUGGGGUCUACACGUGUCGGCCAAUCCCACCACAGAAUGUACAGUCGCCACCUCUAACUCUGGCUCUUGGACAUGGUCCUCGCUCCACCUCCAUCUCUGUUUUUCCAGUAGGAGACGUGGCAGAGGGGGGGUCAGUCACCCUCACCUGUAGCAGUGAUGCAGCUCCGCCUGUAGAGAGCUUCGCCUGGUUCAAAGACAUGGAGAGUGGCAGUAUCCCAGACAGUUUUAGGCCGCAGCUUCACCUGUCACAUGUCAAAUACACGGACAGAGGCGAGUACUCCUGUGUGGCACGAAACUCACUGGGGACGGACCGCUCCAGGCCGCUCCUGCUCAAUGUAACAUACUCCCCGAAGAACACGCGUGUGCAGGUGAGUCCUCCAGGUGACGUCAGAGAGGGCUCGUCUGUCAACCUGAGCUGUGUCAGCCACGCCCACCCACCUGUCAACAGGUAUGCAUGGUAUCGUAUCCUAGGUGACCAGGUAUGGGCCAAAGGAACCUUCCAGAACCUGUCGUUUCCAUCGGUGCGUGCUCACUAUGCCGGUCAGUACUACUGUACCGCCUGGAACCGAUUAGGAUACCAAACCUCCCCCACUGCUACUCUCACUGUACUGUACCCUCCUAAGAACACCUCAGUUCUGGCUCGUCCCUCCAGUGUCGUGGACGCUGGCCGACCUUUGACCCUGACCUGCAGCAGCCAAGGCAACCCAGCAGUGGACAACUUCACAUGGCACCGCCUGGCCCAGGAUGGAGGCUCUGCACCAGUGUGGAGCACCAGGUCCGGUCCCAUCUACACCUUCUCCGAGGUCGGUCCCGGAGAGAGCGGUCAGUACUACUGUGAAGCCAGGAAUCGAAUCGGAGUCCACAGCUCUCCUGUCCUCACCGUGCGAGUCAGAGGUCGUCUGAAGGUCAUCGCCUUGGCCUCGGCAGUGGGCGUGUCUGCCGGGCUCAUCACCCUCACCGUGGCCAUCAUGAUCAGUAAGAACAUGCACAGAGUAGAUAUGGAGUCAAUGGACGAUGUAAAGAAGCGUCCGUCACUGACAGCUGACACCUUGUUCUAUGAGUCAGCCCAGCAGACCUUCCCAGUGAGAACGGGCAAGAUGUCCGACAUACCAGAGGAGCCAGAGGAAGUGAGUGAGAGUUCCCAUCCUGCCAUUGUUCCCCUGAAGGACGCGCCACCAAUCACAGAAGCUGAAAGCCAUAGCCCCGCCCCCAACUACAUCACUGUCCACUACUCCAAGGUGCCCAGUAUGGACCAGGUGCAGGUCACCAACCUUCCCCUGGGUGGCAGCAAAGAGCCAAAGGACUCCACCAAAGUUGUUUACAGUUUACUGGCCCAGCCUCGCCACUGAGAGAGAGAGAGCGUGAAGAUCAGGCCCUUCAGUAACUCAGCUCAGCGUCACGUCAGCCCUCCUCAUGAGAACCAAUCACUUUGUUCCCAUUCUCCCAGCUACCAGAGAGGACUGUGGGCCAGGAGGCUUGUGAACUCUGACGAUGCCUCUGGCUGCACCGCACUGAACAUGUUGUUUUGGGACACUCCAUCAACACCACGGAGGCAACCUGUGAUAUUUCUGGGCUGAGUCUAGCCCCUGGUCUAUGUUGCAUGUCAUUCCCUCUUUUCCCAGUCAUUUCACCACUGUGUGCUGUCUUAAUAAAGCAGACAUGCUUUAAAAAUAGACUUAAAAAAAAAAGUUAAAGAGUAAAAAAAAAAAAUGUACAAUUACAUGUUAAGCCGUUUUGCCUGCAUUCCUGUCCAGAGUGUCAGUGGGUCAAGAGUUAUUUCCUUAGAAUGAUGCCACAAGAUAUAUCAACUUUCCAUUAAAUCUGUCGCUUUGUAAUUCAUGGUUGACAUUGAAAUUCCCAUCCAAGUAUAUUUGUAGAUGAUAGAAACAGAUGCUUGUAUCUAUCCUGCAUUAGCUACUGCAGCAGUUACUGCAGCCUUUUCCUCCUCACUUUUUGUAAGCCAAAAUGGAUUAGGCCGCCAAAGUCACAGAUUUAGACCAUCCUCAUACUCUCUGACGACUGAAAAAUGAAGAAUAUUUGAAUUCUAAAAGAAGGAAAAAAAUAUUUCCAAGAAGAACAUGCAGGAGAAGCUGCAUUAGAAGUAGAGAAAGCCUGCAGUAAAUGUUCUGACAUCUACAUGUGUAAGGAAUAUAUCUGUACUUGAGCCAUCCAGAUUUUCACACGUUGUAUUUAAAAAUGUUGUAGUUAGCUUUUUUUGCAAGACUGAUUCUGCAAUGUUUGUCUAUUCUUGAUGUAGUAAAAGCAAGCUAACAACAGUAAUGCAAUAAUGCCAAUCAUGUAAUGUGAUCUAUUACACUGAAAAAUAAAUUAAAAAAAAGUGUUUUAUAGCUCAAUAGGGAUGAACUCACAGUGACAGUGGAGUAUGUGUGUUGCCUGUACAUCACCAGUAAGGUUGAUACUGGAUGUAUUUAGACAAGAAAAGAAAAUCUGUCACCACAGUAACAUGGAAAAUGACCUUUGCUCGGCCUCUGUCUGUACAGUCAGCAACGAAAUUGCCAGAUCUGUGGCUUUGUGAAAAGAAUCUCAACCAAAUAUGUCUGUCAAGCUUAUUUGGAGUUUGGAAUGAUAUG